UCACAAGCACAAAUCUAUUUUAUGUCUGCAAACUACUUUUAUUGCAAUGCGGCACCAAUUUUUUCAUAAACUUCAAAGUGUUUGAGCGGCAUCUGAGCUUUGAAAAUAAACAGUAUUUUCACCUCAGCAAUUCAGCUUUAUUACUCAAGACAAAGUUAUGAAGCACCAUCAAUUUUCAUGAGACAGCUUCGUCUGCUUUUUUAGCAAAGCUAUUACCAGUUCCAAGCUAAUCUUAAGGAUUCGUUACUUGAUUGUUAUUUAGUUAAAGGGAUCGAUACUACAAUUUUACACCCGGUUCGGGAUGAUGGUCUUCUCAUACAGUAAUACCGGAUAAGGGUGCACCGUCUGUUCGUUACGCUAUCUAUUUUCGUCCGGAUAGUCAUGGGUCAUGAUUGGUUAGUUUUGAAGUGAGAAAUAUCAAAGUAUUAACUGGUUCCACUGGGCUGAUGGUUCGACCAAAUUGGAGGAAUAAUUACCGGUUUUGAUCUACACUGAAACGAAAGACUUUAUCACAGUCAGGCCUCUGGCCAAUUUCGCCUCAAAUAAAACUCAUUAUCUUGGGAAUGUGAAAAUGGAUCGGAGGAAUAUCUCCUCGCCCUACCCCAGGCGAAUUGUCCAGCUUCUCUUUCCCUGCUUAUUCCUCUUAACUGAAGCUAUUGUGAUGUGUGAUAACCAAUGGUCUCUGGAGAGUGUUGGCUGCAGGUGCUGCUCCUAUGGCCGAAGCCUCGAGGACAUUCUCACCAACACCCGAACUCCCCCAAAGGGUGCUUUUGAGCCAGGGAAUGGAACAGAGAAAAAUGGAAAAUGGAGACUGCCUGCUGUCAUCAAUGUCUCCAUCCACAUUGAAACUAUGCGCAACAUUGCUAGUCAAGUCACACUCGAUUUCUACAUCAUCCAAAAGUGGCGAGACACUCGACUGCUAAAAGCUGUCGGAAAUUUAUCCGAAAGUGUAAAGAUAAGUGGACUAGUACGACCAGAACCAAUUUGGUAUCCGGAUACUUACUUUCAACUUGUCCACUCGCUUAUCUACAGUGCCGAAGAACAGUCAGUUGAGUUUUUACCCACAGGAUAUGUUGAAUUCAUCCGCAAAGUACGUCUAGUUACUCCAUGCGCACCAAACGUGUUAAUUUUCCCUUUUGACAUCGCAACGUGUUCGCUACAGCUUUCGAGUUUUGGCAACAAUAUUGCAACUGUGCGCUAUAUCUGGGAUGUGGAGAGAACUAAAAAUGGGGUUUUCGUAGAUCCAAUCAACAACGAUGCUGACCAUAUUGGUUUUGACCUCCUACCGACUGAACAUCUGAGUGUGACAUGCGAAUAUGGCCCUGAUAAUUUUUCUUGCCUGAAAGCUCUGGUAUCUCUCAAACGCAAUUACUCCUCAUAUAUACUGCAAAUUUAUGUCCCCGCUCUGCUUCUGGUAAUUCUCAGCUGGCUAACUUUCUGGGUUAACAUCAAUGCAACACCUGCCAGAGCUAGUUUGAGCGUCACCACAGUUCUUUCAAUUCUAACUUUAGCGACCAGAAAUGCGAGUGACAACGAGAAGCACGUCAGUGGCAAAGUGACAGCUUUGGACAUUUAUGUGUACGUGUGUUUCGCGUUUGUGGUGACGGCUAUGCUUGAGUUCUCGCUCAGCGAUUUCGUGUCAGCGAAAUUUGCGGCUAAAGGCAGUGUAGAUGUGCUUGAGUGUCGACAGGGUUUUUACAAGACGAAGAUCAAGUUAUUGAUAAGCGAUGGCGAAAGCGUGAACAAGGUGGCUCGAAUCUUGGUGCCUUUGUCUUUUCUCUUGUUUAACAUCAUCUAUUGGCUGAUUCUUUGGAUUGCAAUCAAUAAUCAACAAUAGACGCAAACGGUACAAAAUAAAGAAAUUUGAAUUGUCAUGACAAGAAUCUUAUAAUGUUUUGCAAUUUUACAUGAGAUGUAGAUUAAACGAGUUUAUCUUUGCUAUUUGUAGCGAUAUUCUGUUAAGUAAGUUCUACGCAGAAGUCGAGUUUAUGAAUUUUUCUCUCAAUCAAUUAAACUAUCUCAACAUGAAAUUUAACAAGUUUGGUUUCAAUCACUUUAAAGAUAGAUUAGCGGCAAUUGAAACCUUUCAAAUACAA